AUUCUGGUCAUCAUAAUUAUUUGAUGACGCAGCUUCUGGUUUCGCAACCACCCCUUUGUACACAGGAUCUAGCUUUAAAUAAUUUAGCACGAGGAGCUAAAAAGGUGGUCCUUUAAAACAGCAGGUACAUUCAAACUCAAGGGGCAGGACACACGGAGAGAGCUUCAUCUCAUCUAGUCAUCCACCCACUCCUUACACGCAGCUCUUCAGUCAAGCUCUUGUACCUUGGGCUUCAAUCAAGCUGUAUAUCAAUCCAUUCUUUCAUCCAUCCAUACAUUCUUUUAUCUCACCAGGCACCACAGUGUCUAGCUGAUGUCAACUUACCUCAGGUAAGGAGCUUUCUUGGAUGGGGUGUCAGUCUCUAGGCACCACCUUCUUAAUCAGCCAUCAUGGAAGAAUUCCAGAGAAAACUGAAUCAACACUACGAAGGCACCAAGCCCAGAAAGGUGAGGUUCAAGCUAGCUUCGUCCUACAGUGGGCGGGUACUGAAGCACGUGUAUGAGGAUGGUCAGGAGCUGGACAGUCCAGAGGAGAAAUACCCUCACAGCUUUGUUCACCGCAAGAUCCCUCCCAGCCACCUGGAGGUGGAGCAGCUCUGUGGGUUUGAGGAUGCUCAUGGGGACCAACCGAGUGUCUAUCCUCCAACAGGGCUCAUUGCCCAGAGAAUAAACGUGUACAGAGGAAUGGGAAGCUACAAGCCUGCUGCAGGCCAGACUGCGGAAGCAGAAGGAGAUGCCAAAUCUUCAGUGUUGGACUUUGGUAAGAUAAUCAUCUACACCAGCAAUCUGCGCAUCAUCAGAGCACCACCGAGGAAGCCUGAAGCGUUGCGGCACUACACAGUGCCCCCUGGGGACUUGGAUGGAUACCCAAAAGCCAGGGAGAGGGGGAGCAGGAGGAAGGCUAAAGCUCUUUGUACACAGGAUGGGGAGGAGAAGGAGGAGAAACAUAUUAGCGAUGCAGAAACCAAGGAGGCCGACAGCUGCCAGCAUUGUGGUGGUUUGGGCUGCGCUCCCUGCUCUCUGUGUCACGGUAGCAAGCUGUCCAUGCUGGCGAACCGCUUCAACGAGUCCAUCAGUGAUCUGCGUGGCCAAGCCUGCUACCCCCAUGGUCUGGAGAAGUGCCAGUCCUGUUCCAGCAAAUAGCACUGUUUGGCUGACACCCAUAGGAGAGAGAGAGAGAGAUAGACAGAGAGAGAGACACACACAGACAGAGAGAGAGAGAGAGAGACUUAGAGUGUUGUCCCCAUGUGCUAAGGGUUUUAGCCCAAUUGUCUCAGCGGCAUAUUAUUGCUCUAAUCCAAAGUGUUCUUGGUGGGGUGUUUUGAAGCACUACUAGGAAACAUAAGGCAUCAUUGGAAAGGGGAAUUAUGAAUUGUGCAGCCGGCACAAAAUCAUAAAAUACAAUUACUGUGUGCAGUGAACAUGGCUUGCGAUAACACAAAUACAUAAUCACCUCAUUGUUGUCACACCCUUCUUCCUGAUAAAAUCGGGUUCCACGACAGAGUUAUCAGUUUAAUUAAAAUGAUGCAAACAUGCUUGCUUUGUAUUCCAUGUACUGGAAAGGCUGCCCUGUUCCUAUCUCCUCUCUCCAUUCAACAGAGAGAAUACAACCUUUUAUAUCCCAACAUGA